AUCGUGCCGUGCACCAUAUCUGUGCUUUCCCGACUCCACUGUGCAAUUCUCCGCCGCCUGCCCGCGGCACGGAGUAUCGACGUUCGCUCGCUUGCUGUUCGCUUGUCCAAAUGUGAAUUUCAACGCGAGAAGGAAAUCGGGGGCUUCGAGAUGGAGAGCGAUUGACGAGUGUUCUUUGGGCGAUCUUGCUUGGCUUGUGUUCGCAGCCUAGCCGUGUUCAAAUAUUCACCGCUGAGUGGCGGCGGCGCACUCUACGUACAGAUGCCUGACUGCCGUCCUGACUUUCGACUCGGUCAUUGCCGCAUUGUCAUAUGCAUUACUCUGCGGCAUGAGUUGCCAAUUUUCUCGGAGCGCCUGACUGUGCGCGACGCCGCGUACUGUGAAGUCAGUCAGCGAUGGCUGUUGCUUCGGACCCAGGUCCAUACGCCCACGCAGCUGCACGGAAUCUGCGAUCCCCGCCUGCCGUCCGCGACCGAGUAUGAAGCGAGCCAACUCCCCGUGCACAUCCUCCGAACCGUCGGGAGAAGCUGUCAAACAAGACAGGCCUUGGGAAGCCUCCACAUGUCCGCGUCUACGUCUCGACGCUUUGCCUUCGGGGAUGAUAAUUUAGCAGCGAUGCAUGCGCUGUCGCUCGCGGACGCUGGUCGCGAGGCACAAGAGAAGAUGUCUGGAUCGGGCUGGCUGCGGGUCGGGGGUGAUGACGAGCUCCUCCGCCUCGAGGAGCGCGCAGCAGGUCAUGCUUAUCCAAAGGCGUCUCAGAUGAGGGAGGUCCCACCUGAUUCCACCGAUUACUGCUUACUAUUGUGUCCUCCGCACGUUGGAGCGGAAAGAACCAGUUCGGACCACAUUCGAAAGGCUAAUACGGGCGAUAUGAUGUACAAUUGUGGCUGCGUUCGUGCCGGACGCUAUAUCGAGUGGAGAAUGUGCACAUCAAUUGCACCCGAGUCUGUACCCGCGCAGUUCCAGGAAGUUCGCGUCGCGUACCGCCAAUGUCGUGGCAGUACCCCGAUCCACGUAUCAGGCUAUUCAGCCAUAUCGAGCAUCAAUGUAGCCUUUGUCGAAUCCAGCGGCGGUCAUACUCCUUCCUUGGAGCGAAAGGCUCGCAGGCGCUCCGGUCGGGAAAUGGCUAUAUGCAUAACAUGAUAGAUGCAACGUUCGUGAAGUGAAGCUUCAAACACUACGUUCGGAGGUGCGGUCAGAUGGCAGUUCAGCACCAGCUGCAGGGAGUCUUCUGCAGAUCUAGAACCACUCACUGCCAAGGCCGUUGGUGCGCCCGCUACUAACCAGAAGCUUUACUUUACGUGAUCGCCCCAGGUUG